CUUUUACUUGGUACGUAUCAAUUAUCGUAAGAUAUAUAUGGAGAUUAUCUCCUCCUUUAUUGUAACUGAGAGUAGUUACCAUCCUUUAUUUUCACACCCGAAGCAGCAGAAAAACGAAGAGAAAAGAAAACAGCAUAAAACAGUCGAAGUAUAUAUCAAACAUGCACACACUACAGACACAUACAAAGAGAGAAUAAUGAAUCUUGCGUUGUCAGCGAGUGAAGAGGUGAGGCAAAUGGGUCAAGAGCAAGAGCCCCUGUGGCUCUUUGACACCAACAAGGCCUCCGAGGUUCUGAACGAACCCGAAUACACCCAGCGGUUCGUGUCGCUCGAUGCCACUUUGGAUGAGAUCAUCAAGUUGGUAUCCACCGGAGGAGAGACGCGGCAUUAUUUCCCCGGCAUGAAUGGGGCUGCCAAUGUGACGCCGCCCGUUUUGAAGAACCAAGCGUCCAGAUCAAUUGGGAUUGUUCUUGGGAGUCCCGUUAGCCUUUUGGAUAUGUUGAUGGAUGUGGUAAGAUUUGUUUACUUUUCUCUUGGCCCGGACUAUGUUACAUGGGUGGAGAACAAUAAUGUCGUCGCAGACAAUGUUUUUGUUCAUGAUAUGUUUAAGGAUUUACUUACUUCGGACGACUCCCCAUUCAGUUCAAAACGUAUGAUUGCAACGAUGGAACGAUAUUAUGAUAGGAUGCAGAGUCUAGAGACGCAAGCAGGGGCUGGGAAUAAGAAUCUAUUGAAGCUAACUCAAAGGAUGGUUAGGCAUUAUUGUAGAAACGUAAGUGAACGUUCAUGGGUGGCCUUACCCAUAAGUGAUGAAACAGCUGGAGAGGAAAUCUUUGUCAAAGCAAGCAUGAAUGUAUUAGAGGGUGAUCCUGAAGGGCUCCCUCUUGGCGUUGCCUUGACGAUUUGUACUACGGUUUUGAUACCAAUUCCUCAAAAUCACUUGUUUGACUUCCUAAGCAAUGGGUGUAACCGCAACAAGUGGGAUCUAUUGUCUAUUGGCUCUAAUGUUCGGGAUGAGAUGAGAAUUUCUUCUACUCGAGACCCUACAAGUUCUGUAUCAGUACUCAUAGUCGAGUCUUUGGGAACAACAGACCAAGAAGCAAAGAUUUACCUACAAGAGAGCUUCACCGAUUCGGAAACAAUGUAUGUGGUGUAUGCACCAGUGGAUGAGGUAGCAAUGCAAUACAUUUUAGACGAGAAAGACAUAGAUCAUGUAUCGAUAUUGCCCUCUGGUUUUGUUAUCCUACCUACCUCUCGAGAUGGUGGUGGUGGAAGCAUUCUCACCAUAUGCUUUCAGAUAAUGGAUGAGCAGCUUCCUUCUACUGGUAAUUAUCAUCUUCCUCUAGAGUCUGUAUUGACUGUACAUAAACUUGUAUGUGAAACCAUUUCCUUGAUAAAGGCUGCAUUUAUUGUGUAAUUUGUAAAUUACAAGAUAUACGCAUGCAUUUCUUUAGUAAACUAUAUGAAUAUAUAGAGUGUGUGAGUUUGAUCUCGACAAGUCUUGGUUGAUUUAUUAUUAGAGUUUUUAUUCCAUUGUUUGAAUGCCUUUCAUUUGUCAAUUGUUCUUUAUAGCUUACUUAGCUUCUUCUUAGUGCGUGCGGUGAAUGAGGUGUAUUGUAAUAAUUGCAUUGGCACAAU